GCCAGCAUCUCUUUUUCCGUUGUUUAAUUUGUAAAUAACAAUGGAGUUUGUGAAAAAAUUAACAAUGUUCGAAAAUUUAAUCAUACCGGAGCUCGAUACCUUUGUGAAUCAAAAGAGGGAGACCCUCAGGAAUGGAUACUCAUUGAUUUCGAGUAAUUUUAGAUUUUAUUUGGAAGCGUCGGAACCUUUUUUUUUAGUUUUCGAUGAGAUCGAUUUAAAACAUGUGAAUGCAGCCCCAAUGGAAUGGAAGAAAUGGAAAAUCUUCAUCAUAGCCUGCUGCAGCUUUAUGGGACAUUUGCAUAUAGUAUAUGUGCGAACCAUAACAAGUGGAGUUUUUAAAAUCAGCUCACAUGUUACAAAGGAAGGUGUAGAAAUGGUAUACGAAUCAAUCUCUAAAAGUUCCUCCCUCCAUUCCAAAUUGGCCGGAGCUGUGGCCAAAAAGUGCGCCCCCAAUUUUAAGGCCAUAAGUUUCCUAGAAGGAAAAGGAAUUCCAGUCCUAUGGGACCUAAACCAUUUUCGGAGUACUUUGCUAAAAAGAAAUAACUACAUUGACCAGAUUGCGGCUUGGUUGUGCAUACACAAGCCACUAUUUUCCAAUAAUUUUAAUCAGGUGUUAAUCUUUAUCCGGGUUGUAAUUAAUAACAUUGUUCCGGAAAAGCUCAAAGAUGAAUAUAAAGAGGAGAUUUGGGCAUGUGGACUUACAUCUCUGCGGGAGAAUUGGGGCUCUGCUGGCCAUCGACGUCCAUAAAGGAGGCGAAGAUGGCUUCAAGAAGUUUAAAAAAGACCUUGCCGACCCACUGAAGGCCAUCGAGUUCAUGGCUACGUUGGCCACAGUAAAUGCUCUAAAAAUCAAAAAUGUCUUAAAAAAUUGUUUCGGCGACU